AUGGAGACUCAGCAGCUGGUGCCACCGUAUGAAGUCACGGUCCAUCAUGCGUGCCUAUUGAAGAUGUACCACGAAGGUGGUAGAGAGGUGACUGAAGACCUCGAGGCGCAGAUCGCGUUUGGCGAUGACGGAUUUCAUGUGGAGUGCCUGGACGAAGCGCGCUGCGUGGAUGGCCAACACCAAGUUUUGGUGAAGUGGUUUGGAUUGGACGAUGAAGAAUCGUCCUGGGAACCUGCGGCGAAUUUGCUGGACGACAUUCCAGUCGUAUUUCGCAAGUGGGCGGCGGCGAACAAGGAAGACCCUACCGUGGCCGCCCUCAUCAAGACACUGGACUUUCCUGUGUAUAUUUGCUGCCUUGACGAAGGUCCCGUGGCCGAAAGCCUAGAAGAAGCGGGAGACAAAACACCGACGACAGUCACCAGGGAGGUGAACCGAGACUACCUUGUCAACAAGGUUAUCCCAGCGAUUCGAUCCCUAUGGCCGCGGCAACGAUCAAGCGUGAUCUCGAUCCAACAAGAUAAUGCAAGGCCCCAUGUCAGCGUUGACUAUGUUGCUGUUCGGAUUGCAGUCUCUAUGGACGGAUGGAACAUCAAAUUGUGCGCUCAACCAGACUAA